AUUUUUAGUUAUUUGCGUGGUUUUAUUUGUGAACAUGGGAUUAAUAUUUCUUUUGUUGCGAAUGAGCCACAAGGACAAUACAAAUUAUAAAUGGGGCAGGGGAUUCAAACCUGAAACCUAUCAUACAUGUACCCUCAUUUUCCACUACUAGUCCAUGACCUCGUUGGUACAUGUGAUCAAUGUUCAGUUAAAUCCAGUGGUAUAAUGUGGUCCACGCCAUUUCUUUUAGAAAUAAAUGAAAAUUGACAUAUGUUUGUUGUAAAAAAUUAGUUUUAAUCUUCGCAACCAAGGUUUUAGCGAUCACCUAAACUUACGCAGUUAUUGGUGUCACAAAUAUUUAUAGAUGGAAAGCUUUCUUGCAAUGUUACAAAACCAAUUAACAAACAUUUUGAAUUUGUUACAAGCAAUUUAAAUCCUAGAUUCACGUAGAAAUGAGUAAUUAAUGACUUAAAAAUAGCAGAGGCACAAACUAAAAACUAGCCUUAUACCAAGUCAUCUCCUCCCAUGCAAUUCUAUUAUUCAUUGGCUUCUCCCUAAUUUCAUUCCCCUAAUUUUCACCAAAAAGAACCAAAAAUUCUCCAACAAAAUUAACCUCCUAAUGUCCCUUGAUCAAAAUUACCAUGGAGGUUAAUUAAUUAAUAAAAUUCUAAUUAGCAAUUUUAUCUCAUGUUAUUGCACACUCCCUAACAAACACCACCAAAUAAAAAAAAAUAUAAAAAGGAACUAACAUAUAUAGCAAGAUGAUGCCGACUUCCGACCCGUCGAAGAAGGCGAUCCGAAGCCAAGGGAGCUCCGGAAGUGUCGGGUCACAGAAUACCCGAACCUCCUCGGGUGGUACCGGGCAAGCGGUCAAGUUUGCAAGAAGAACGUCAAGCGGAAAGUAUGUGACCCUAUCGAGGGAAGAUCUUGACAUGUCCGGUGAUUUUUCCGGUGAUUAUAUGAAUUACACGGUGCACAUUCCUCCUACACCCGAUAAUCAACCCAUGGAGGGUUCAUCCGUGGCGGCGAAAGCGGAGGAGCAGUAUGUGUCGAACUCGUUAUUUACGGGUGGGUUUAAUAGUGUGACACGGGCACAUCUUAUGGAUAAGGUCACAGAUUCAGAUUCGUGUCCACCGGAGCAUGUGGCCCGUGGGAAAGCGGGUUAUUGUCAAAUGCCCGUUUGUGAUGGAGAGGCUAUUAAAGAUGAUCGAGGGAAUCGGGUCUUUCCUUGUGAAUGCAGAUUUACAAUAUGUAACGAUUGCUACAUCGAUGCACAAAAGAGCAACGGAGUUUGCCCAGGAUGCAAAGAACCUUAUAGACUAGGAGACUUCGACGACGAUCAACCGGAUUUCUCUAGUGGCGCCCUCCCAUUGCCGGCCCCAAACAAGGGGAAUGGAGACCGACGCAUGAUGAGUAGAAAGAAAGGUGGUGAUUUCGACCACAAUAAGUGGUUGUUCAAUGAGACGCAAGGGACUUAUGGCCAUGGAACAGCUUAUUGGCCUCCAGAGGAUGCUUAUGAUGGUGAUGGUGAUGGUAUGAGUGGCGUGCUUGAAGCUGCUGACAAGCCUUUUAAGCCCCUUAGUAGGGUUAUUCCUAUUCCUAAUGGUGUCAUUAGUCCUUACAGGUUAUUGAUCGUGAUACGUUUGGUAUUUUUAUGCUUAUUCUUAGCAUGGCGUUUAAAACACCCGAACGAGGAAGCUGUAUGGCUUUGGUUUAUGUCUGUUAUUUGUGAAAUUUGGUUCGCCUUUUCUUGGCUCCUUGACAUUAUUCCUAAAAUAUGUCCUAUAAAUCGGUCCACUGACCUUGAUGCCCUAAGGGAAAAGUUCGAACAACCAUCCCCUUCGAACCCAACUGGACGAUCUGACUUACCCGGUGUUGAUCUUUAUGUUUCUACAGCUGACCCUGAGAAAGAGCCACCCCUUGUGACGGCUAAUACCAUUCUUUCGAUCUUAUCAGUUGAUUAUCCAGUCGAGAAGAUAGCUUGUUACGUGUCCGAUGAUGGCGGCGCUCUCCUAACUUUCGAGGCAAUGGCUGAGGCAGCUAGCUUUGCCGAGUUAUGGGUGCCAUUUUGUAGAAAACAUGACAUUGAGCCAAGGAAUCCAGAAACUUAUUUUUGUUUGAAGGGUGACCCUACUAAAAAUAAGCUACAACCUGAUUUUGUUAAAGAUAGGAGGAAGAUUAAGAGAGAAUAUGAUGAGUUUAAGGUUCGAAUUAAUGGGUUACCGGAUUCUAUUCGGAGGAGAUCCGAUGCAUUUAAUGCUAGGGAGGAAAUGAAGAUGAUGAAACAAAUGAGGGAUAGUGGUGCAGAUAGGUCCGAACCCAUUCGAGCCCAAAAGGCUACUUGGAUGGCUGAUGGAACCCAUUGGCCUGGUACUUGGGUCACCUCUGCUGCUGAACAUUCUAAAGGUGACCAUGCAGGAAUCCUUCAGGUAAUGUUGAAGCCACCAUCACCAGACUCAAUAUUGGGAACACCAGAAGACAAGCUCAUAGACUUCUCCGAUACCGACAUACGCCUUCCAAUGUUUGUGUACGUGUCACGUGAGAAGAGGCCAGGAUACGACCAUAACAAGAAGGCCGGAGCCAUGAACGCGUUGGUGCGAUCAUCAGCCAUUCUCUCCAACGGCCCCUUCAUUUUGAACCUUGAUUGUGAUCAUUACUUCUACAACUGCAAGGCUAUUCGUGAAGGUAUGUGCUUCAUGCUUGACCGAGGGGGUGAAGACAUUUGUUACAUUCAAUUCCCUCAGAGGUUCGAAGGUAUUGAUCCUUCUGAUCGAUAUGCCAAUCGAAACAAUGUGUUCUUCGACGGGAACAUGCGUGCUCUCGACGGCCUUCAGGGACCAAUGUAUGUGGGCACGGGUACUAUGUUCAGGCGGUUCGCGUUGUAUGGGUUCGAGCCACCAAACCUAGAAAAAUUAUCAAACAACAACAAAGAUUCAGAGACCCAAGCACUGACUUCGUCCGAGCUUGACCCCGAAUUGGACGUAAAUUUGUUGCCUAAAAGGUUCGGAAACUCGACAAUGUUGUCAGAAUCGAUACCCAUAGCGGAGUAUCAAGGGCGUCCGUUAGCUGAUCAUCCUGCAGUAAAGUAUGGUAGGCCUCCAGGUGCUCUUAGAGUACCUCGUGAGCCCCUUGAUUCUAGCAUUGUUGCUGAAGCCGUCUCCGUCAUCUCGUGUUGGUAUGAAGACAAAACAGAAUGGGGAGAUAGAGUAGGAUGGAUUUAUGGCUCAGUGACAGAAGACGUGGUAACCGGGUACCGGAUGCAUAAUCGUGGGUGGCGUUCUGUCUACUGCAUUACAAAAAGAGACGCCUUCCGAGGAUCGGCUCCAAUCAAUCUAACAGACAGGCUUCACCAAGUGUUGCGGUGGGCUACAGGGUCAGUUGAAAUCUUCUUCUCAAGAAACAAUGCCUUCUUAGGCACUCGCCGGCUAAAGAUGCUACAGAGGUUGGCCUACAUUAAUGUGGGGAUAUACCCUUUCACCUCUCUCUUCCUCAUCAUGUAUUGCUUCCUUCCCGCACUCUCGCUUUUCUCCGGACAGUUCAUCGUGCAGACGCUUAGUAUUACUUUCUUGAUAUACUUGUUGAUAAUGACCAUGUGUUUGAUAUUUUUGGCCAUCCUGGAGGUGAAAUGGUCAGGAAUUCAAUUGGAGGAAUGGUGGAGAAAUGAACAGUUUUGGCUAAUUUCUGGUACAAGUUCUCACCUUGCUGCUGUUGUUCAAGGCCUCCUCAAAGUCAUUGCAGGUAUCGAGAUCUCAUUCACAUUGACCUCAAAGUCAGCCUCAGAAGACGAAGAUGACGUGUUUGCUGAACUUUACCUAGUGAAAUGGAGUUCACUGAUGCUCCCACCCAUUGUAAUAGCCAUGGUAAACAUCAUUGCAGUCUGCUACGCUUUCGCUAGGACCAUAUAUAGCUCAACCCCAUCAUGGAGUAAGUUCGUGGGAGGCGCCUUCUUCAGUUUCUGGGUGUUGUGUCAUCUAUACCCUUUUGCCAAAGGGUUGAUGGGAAGAAGAAGAAAAACACCAACAAUAGUGUUUGUUUGGUCAGGCCUAAUUGCCAUAACAAUCUCUUUGUUGUACAUUGCUAUCAACCCUCCCACGCCUUCGGCUGCUGGAACAGGUGGUGGUACCGGAUUUACAUUCCCUUAGAUAUAUAUAUAAGAACACGUGUUGUUUGUCAUGCAUGGAAAUUAUAUAUAUUCAUGUUGUUUCUUGUUAUUAGAUAUGACAUAGAACGUACUAUAGGUUUAGGAUUUUCCUUUAUGUUUUUUUUUUGUGUGUACAAAUACAAACUUGUACUCGGUAAAUUUUAGAGAACGUUUUGGUUUUUGUUGUAACACAACAUGGCCUGCAAGAUGAUGAGUUUUCUACUCUUUCAUGUUGAUUUAUCCAUUGAGAUUAAUUAUAUUGUUCUAUGGAUGUAA